AUGGAUGCAAUUGAAACAACCCAGGACAUCCCAACACAUAUGGAUAAUCAGGCCAUGGCCUACAGUAUGUACAAAAGUUGCCAUACUUUUAAAGCAGUAACUUGCGUGCCUCCAAAUGGUGCACUUACAUUUUGCUCCAUGCUGUACCCAGGUUCUACUUCUGAUGUAGCUAUUGUACGUCACAGCCAAGUUUUACGAAAGUUCAAAGCUGGAGACCUUAUUUUGGUGGUCAAAGGUUUCACCAUUCAUGACCAGUUGCCCCAGGGUGUCUGCUUAAUUAUAAAAGCUCUUUUAUCGACACUAGGCCAGUUUACCAUUCAAGAAGCAGCACUGUGUUACAAGAUUGCUAAAGCACUUAUUCAUGUGGAAAGAGCCAACGAGAGGAUAAAGAAUUACGAGAUUCUCCGUCACAUACCAUCUACUUACAGACCAAUCUCAACAAAAAUAUUUCAACUCUGUUCUUGUCUUGUAAACUUGCAAGCUCCACUUUUGAAAGAAAUCACUUAA